AUGAAGCAGUCUUCUCUCGCCCCCGCCCCGGCCCCCACAGAACGCCCUAAUCAGGAAGGCUCCUCCCCGGCAGCUCCGGAGGCCCCACCCCAACAAAUAAUGGGCGACGAGGUCCUCCCCGAUGCCCCACAAGCCCCGGCGGACAGAGCGUCGGAGCCCCCUCAACCUCAGAGCUCUACUCCCACCGCUGGCUCCCUUCUCCGGGCCCGCACCGAGCCCCCUCGGCAGCCGCAGAGCUCGCCAAAAAGGCUAGAGCCAGGAUCAGAGGCCCGCUCCGCCGCCCGGGUGGAGCCUGAGCAGGAGGAGCAUACCGAGGACUGCAUCGUCGUCAGAACUAGUCUAGACUCUGACGAUGAGUCGGACCUGGCGGUGAGACACCGGUAUCAGGUGGUGUGUAUCCAGGAGCCUCCUCCGGUCAUCUUCGGCAGGGUUCGACGUCACCUGGACUUCACCCUUCACGCCAUCGAUGAUGGAGCUACUAGAGCUGCGAUUUACGUUAACCGCCGGCUCUCGACUUUGGCCCCGACCGCCCCAGAGCACGGGCUAGUCACUAUCUCCCUUCAAGGGCGCACUCUCUGCUCCCUCCAGGUUGAUCCCAACUCCUUCAUUAUAGUGGGGGAUUUCAACGCUCAUCACCCGGACUGGGACCCCCGCGCACGCCCCAACCCCAAGGGAGAUAUGGUCAGGGAGUGGAUCGCCGCGAGGGGGGCUACAUCGAGGCUCGCUGACCCGCCCAGCGACGACGAGCUCAAGAAUGCCUUCCUCGGUGCCACCUCGAACACACCCGGCCCCGAUGGGGUGCCACUGGCAUUCUUCAGACACACCUGGGAGCUCGUUCGUCCAGCUGCCCGGGCUAUUGCCGAAGGCUGCAUAAAAUGGGGAGCGUUCCCUAAGGCAUUCAAACAAGCGACAGUAGUCAUCCUCUCGAAGCCCGGGAGAGAUCCAUCCGCGCUGGACCUCGUCCAGGCGCUCGUGCAUGACGCGGAGACCAUGUCGAGACAAGGCUACCAUGAGCUCCUGGUCACCCUGGAUGUGGACUCGGCCUAUCCCUCGGUUCAGCCGCCGAUAUUCCGCGAGGUUCUCGCGGAUCAAGGCUGGCCACACUGGCUCUCCCACCACGAAUCCCUCAGGGUCGGACAACUACGCACCAAGGCCCGGGGGAUCGGCCUCAGGAUCGACCCAAACAAGACAAAGGUGGAAGGGGCGUCCUUUUCCCCUGGCAAAUCCAUCAAGUGGCUGGGCGUCUCGCUGGACCCCAAGCUCAGCCCUGCGACGCAGGCGGCCGCGAAGGCGUCAGCGACGACUGCGGUG